CCAGCAGCUGCACCAUCCCGUGCCUGAUCAAUAAUCAUUUUCAGUCGGGCUGGAUGAAAUGUAGCCAAACAUGUUCAAGUAUCGGAUCCGCAUGUUUUUUAAUGAACUCAAAGUCCUGGUGUUUAUGCGAUCCGAUUCGAGACAGUCCGGCUCAGACACAGAGAGACGAUCCGGCACCAUGCGCGAUCUGGGGAUGGGCGGCUGCGGCUGGCCGCCGUUCGUCGACUGCCAGGGCCGGGACGACGAAGAGGAGUACUACGGCAGCGACCCGCGGCCCCGGAGCCUGGCCUUCGAGGACAAGGAGCCCAAACUGCAGGUGGGCCUGGACGCCGUGUCCCUGACCAGCACCGCCAGCAGCCUGCGGACCCCCCAGUGCCGGAUCUGCUUCCAAGGCCCAGAGCAGGGGGAGCUGCUGAGCCCCUGCCGCUGCGAUGGCUCUGUUCGCUGCACCCAUCAGCCCUGCCUCAUCCGCUGGAUCAGCGAGAGAGGAUCCUGGAGUUGUGAGCUGUGCUACUUUAAGUAUCAGGUCCUGGCCAUCAGCACCAAGAACCCUCUGCAGUGGCAGGCCAUAUCUCUGACGGUGAUAGAGAAGGUGCAGAUAGCAGCCAUUAUUCUGGGCUCCCUGUUCCUGAUUGCCAGCAUCUCCUGGCUCAUCUGGUCAUCCCUCAGCCCCUCGGCCAAGUGGCAGCGUCAGGACCUGCUCUUCCAAAUAUGCUACGGCAUGUACGGCUUCAUGGAUAUCGUCUGCAUAGGUCUCAUCAUCCACGAGGGAUCAUCGGUGUACCGCAUCUUCAAGCGAUGGCAGGCUGUCAAUCAGCAGUGGAAGGUACUGAACUAUGAAAAAUCAAAGGACUUGGGCGACCCGUUGAGUUCGAGCAGCAAGGCGGGUGCUCGCUCCUCUCGCAGUAACAGCCACGGCCUGGCCAGCAGCAGCACGGGGCGGCCGAGCAGGAGGCUAAGAACUAUUCUCAACCACCACUGUGGAUACACUAUCUUACACAUCCUGAGCCAACUGCGGCCCAACGACCCGCGGAUCAGAGCCGCCGCCAACCGGGAGGUGGUGAUGAGGGUCACCACUGUAUGAGACUCGAUCAGCAGGUGUGACGGCUCCAUCUUUGUCUCCUGGAGUAAAAUGAGCAAACGGGACAUAAGGACCUCACAUUAAACAUUAAAGUCUGUGGUAGGCGACAGUGGUCCUGUGAGGAGCUCGGUGAUGCCUGGAGCAUCAACAGACUGCACACGCUGGAGAGUUUCUCCUCUUGUUUCCUAUUUAAAAAAUAAAAAAUAAAAAAAUCCAAGCCAGAUGUGGCUUUUCAAUAACUGAGGACCUGACAAAAACAAAAAAAAGAUAAAGCAUUAAAAGACUGCAAUGAAGAAAUGUGUGGUGGGAAAGUGGAAACGUAUAAACAGGCGCCAUAAACUAAUUCAAGAGACAUUUUUUCCAGUUCAAUAUCAGGAUGCACAGGGACGUUUUGUUUGAUUUGAACCUCUCGCUUUGAUUUGUUUGUGUCCUUUUUGUUUAUUUAUUUUUAUUAUUGCUAUUAUUAUUAUGACUCAUGUUGAUUUUGUACGGAUGUAUGAUUUUUAGAGGAAAUCCUGUAACUCCAUACAUGCCAAGCAAUUCAACACAACUCUGUGUAAAGCUCUUUAAAGCUUUCCAAACCAGCCAAUGCUGAUUAUCAGACCGAAAACUGAAAAUUACACCUGACACACACACACACACACACAGAACACAACACAACAAUAAGUCAGUAAGAAGAAAAAGAAAUGAAGAUUUCAGUGACUCUUAAACCUCCUGCAAUAAUGUGUACAUUUCACAGGGAAUUUUGCAUGGGUAUAUAUCAUUUUAUUCUUCAUCACAUAACAUAAGCACAUUGCUCUAUUUCCAAUGGUGCUUGCCAAAUGAACUCUUUAAAAAUCUGAUUUCAUUGCACCACCGUUUUGUCACCAUGACAAAUGGCAGUGUGACGCAGCUGUUCCAGCUCCAACAGGUCGCUGCUGCUGUGUGCUGAUUCAGAUUUGAUAAAAAAUAAACUACUGGAUUAAAAAGGAGAUCAAAUGAUCUCUAACUACUCA